AUGCAUCCCACACACACACGAAAGAGUUGCUGUGGUUUGAUGAGCGCAGCAGAAGACGGUCGCUGCAACACUUAAUACGAGUUAGAAGAAACUUGUUGUUGUGUGGAAAACCAUGGAUUGCAAAAGAUGCCUCUUAUUCAUCUUGGUUGGUUUGAGUGCAGUAACCACUCUUGCCUCACCAGUGAACAACCGUCCCAUUAUUGGUGUCCUGUCCCAAACAACAUCUGGUCACUUUACACAAUUUGGUAAAGCCUACAUUGCUGCCUCGUAUGUGAAAUAUUUGGAGUCGGCUGGAGCAAGAGUCGUUCCAAUUCUAGUCCACCAGCCGGAUGAGUACUAUCAGAAGAUGUUUAAUUCAUUGAAUGGAGUGUUGUUUCCUGGUGGUGGACAACCAGACUUGUUAAAUUCUGGGUAUGGCAAGGCAGGAAGACUGUUCUAUGAAAUGUCCAUUAAGAGCUUGGAUGCAAAAAAAGAUUAUUUUCCGGUGUGGGGGACGUGUCUCGGCAUGGAGUUGUUGUCAAUGUUAACGGCAAAUAAAGAUCUCCUAACGGAGACUGAUGGAGCUCCUGUAUCAUUACCUCUUUCGUUUGAAAAAGAUUUCCAGAAAAGCAAGAUGUACAGUGCAGCACCUGAGUCCAUCAUCAACACUUUGACAACGGAGGAUGUAACUUUAAACCAUCAUCACCUCAGCCUGACACCAACAAAUUUCAGCAAGAAUGCAGCUCUUACAGGAUUUUAUCAAGUUCUCACUACCAGUUCGGAUAUAAGUGGGAUUGAAUUCAUCUCUUCAUUAGAGGCCUACAAGUAUCCUAUCUAUGGGGUCCAGUUCCAUCCAGAGAAAAACUGCUUUGAGUGGAAAGAUGAUAAUAUCGACCACUCCCAAGAUGCAGUAAAAGUCACUCAAUACUUUGCAGACUUCAUUGUGUCUGAAGCUCGUAAAAGCAACCAUGCUUUCAAAACCGAGGCUGAAGCUAACUCCUUCCUCAUCUACCAAUACACUCCUGUCUACAUCAGUAAUGUAUCAAGUUUCGAGCAGGCAUACUUCUUCAAUCCUUAGGAGAAAUGUUCCUGAAGUCAUCAAGAAAGAUAAGACGAAACCAGGGCCCGAUUUCAUAAAGCUGUUAAGCAGUCAGAAAAUCCUGCUUGAAAAAUGUCUUUGCUAUAAAGCAAAAACUGAGGGGGCACCAUUCACAAUAAUGUAAACUUAUGUAAUUUUGGCUGAUAACCUGUUUCUGUUAAGCAAUACUUUUCUGUGCUUACCACGUUUUUGUGCUUCAUACAGGCUUUUUGAAAUUGGGCCCAGAUCUUAAGACCGAUAUUAAGAAACUCACUUGCAUAAAUACUUUCCGUUCAAUAUAAUACUGAACCACCUCUUCCGCCUCCCAGGGUGCAUCACUCUUUCCUGGUGUGAUCCCUUGGUUGUGUUUUUGCGGUCGUAACCAAAAACUGAUUCGGUUGAACUUGUCAUUGGUUGUUCACUGGCCACUGACCAAAACAGUUAAUGGUUUCAGCCGGGAAAUCGCACCCCUGGAUAUAAAGUUGGUACCCCCUUCUGCCCUCGAACAAAGAUCUUGAACAACCUGGGAGGCUGCCAGCAUAGGGCUUUAUAGCUCAGUUGGAUAGAGCACUAGAGCAUACACCAGGAGGAUGCAGGUUCAAUUCCUCUUCCCCUUUUUUGUUCUUUGUUUACCAAAAAUUAAAUAAAACAAUAUAAAUAUAAAUAUUGGAUGCAUAUGAGUGCAUUUUGGCAAAAUAUAAUCACAGGGGGAAAUUUUGAUUAUUGCAUUUCAAGAGUUUGGUGCUGGUUGUAAUUUAUUUUUUUACUGAGAUUUUCCAAUUUGUAGUUUCGGCUAAAGAUGAAGAAGUUAAUGGUUUUUGUAUGUAAUUUUAUAACAUGUUUUAUGAGCUUUAUCAUAUAUAUCCAUCUGGAAAAUUUAUAACAACGAAAAAUAAACAGUAACAAGUAUUUAUAUAGCAACUUUAACAAGAUCGAAGUGCUAAACAGGAACCUAAUCGGAAGCUAUACAGAUGUUAAAAAGGAGAAUUGUUUGUAAAACCUUACAAGGAGUUUUUUUAAUGGCUGUACACCAUAUUGGGGCUGUAAUUGGCCAAAAAAUACAUUUUUGUCGCAAAACAUCAUACAAUUCUAAAUUGUAAACAUAUCCACGACCUCAAUAAAGUAUUAUCCAAGGCUUUCAGUAUUCUGUUGAAAAUAAUCGUUAUUGUCUUGUUUAUCUUACUUGCAAUAUAAUUGUACAGCUCUAACGAUCCACAAUUUAUAUUAAGUAAUUUCUGUGUAUAUGUUUUUUUAUAAUAGUAUUGUAUAUUUUUGAAUUUGUGUAUUAUGUCGUCCAGCAUUUUAAUGUAAAAUCGCUGUCGCGCUGUUUCUGACUUUCAAGGGUUGGCAAAAAUCACAUUUUUAAAGGCAGUGGACACUUGGUAUUUACUCAAAUAAUUAUAAGCAUAAACCUUAAUUGGUAACGAGUA